AAUCAUCUCUGUUUUGCUGCUGCUGUCUGUGUCAGAUUUAGGGAGAUACAGGCAGAAAAAUCGCUUCUGUUAGUUGUGUUUACAUCCGGUCCCGGAGAAAAAAAAACAUCGCCGGACUGCGGGGACAGCAGCGGGGAUGGAGCCUCAGGGAAGAGACGAAGGGAAGGGGCCGGUGCUGCACAUCGUAGUGGUUGGAUUUCACCACAAAAAGGGCUGCCAGGUCGAGUUCUCCUACCCGCCGCUAAUGCCAGACGAGGGUCAUGACAGCAACCUGCUGCCAGAAGAGUGGAAGUACCUCCCGUUCCUGGCUCUUCCUGACGGAGCACACAAUUACCAGGAGGACACUGUGUAUUUUCACCUGCCGCCUCUCAGUGGAGACACAAAGUGUGUCUAUGGAGUGUCCUGUUAUCGCCAAAUAGAAGCAAAGGCCCUGAAGGUCCGGCAGGCUGACGUCACCAGGGAGACGGUUCAGAAGAGCGUCUGUGUCCUCAGUCGAGUGCCUCUUUACGGUCUGCUCCAAGCCAAACUACAGCUCAUCACGCACGCCUACUUCGAGGAGAAAGACUUCUCGCAGAUCUCCAUCCUGAAGGAACUAUACGACCACAUGAACAGCUCCCUGAGGGGUUCAGCUUUGGAUGGAUCACAGGUUUUUCUAGGGUUGUCACCGAGAGAUCUAAUCCUGCACUUCAGACACAAGGCUCUCAUCCUCUUUAAGCUCAUUUUGCUGGAGAAGAAGGUCCUGUUCUAUGUGUCUCCUGUCAACAGACUAGUAGGAGCUCUGAUGACAGUGUUAUCACUGUUUCCAGGUAUGAUUGAGCACGGCUUGGUGGACUCGUCUCACUACAGACCUAAGAGCAGCAUGUCAGAGGACCCAAGUCUGGUGGAGAGCGUCUCGGGUGUCGAGGAAUUCGUCUCCGUAUCCGUCACCGAUAUUGACAACACCAAUCUGGACCUCGGGGUGGAGACAGCCCAGCUUGCCACAGAGUCCUCUGGGAAUAGCUCUGAGGGGGACAAUCACCACCUCAAGCCACCCUCGCGCAUCUCUCCCGAGUCCUCUGAGAGUGAGUGGGAAACUCUGGAUCCCAGCGUGCUGGAAGAAGGUGGGCCACAGGAGGCACCGUCUGAGACGGGGUCCGAGUUCCUGGAUACCUUCAACUCCAAACCCGGGACGCCGAUCACGGUGCAGCCGCAGGCAGUCACUGGUCAGGGCGGAGUUAUCCAGGGCCUGGUGUCGGGUCUGGAGGAGGAUCAGUACGGCCUGCCACUCGCCAUCUUCACUAAGGGUUACCUCUGCCUGCCCUACAUGGCUCUGCAGCAGCAUCACCUCCUGUCAGAUGUGACGGUGCGAGGCUUUGUUGCCGGCGCAACCAACAUCCUCUUCCGCCAGCAGAGGCACCUCAGUGACGCCAUUGUUGAAGUGGAAGAACCUCGUAUCCAGAUCCAAGACCCCGAGCUCAGAAAGAUGCUGAGCCUGACCACGGCAGACCUGCGCUUCGCCGACUACUUGGUCAAACACGUGACGGAGAACCGGGACGAUGUCUUCCUGGACGGGACGGGCUGGGAGGGCGGGGACGAGUGGAUCAGAGCCCAGUUCACCCUCUACCUCCACUCCUUAUUGUCCUCUGCAUUACAGCAAGAUAACGAGCGGCUGCUGGCAGAUUACGGGGCAUCUUUCAUCGCAGCGUGGAAGAUCACCCACAACUACCGGGUGUGGUACAGCAACAAGCACCCCGCCAUGACCGCUGUCACCCCGGGCCACCCGUUCCAGGGUCAGUACAGUGUUGCCGACAUGAAACUACGACUCUCACACUCGGUGCAGAACAGCGAGCGAGGGAAGAAGAUCGGAAAUGCCAUGAUGACAACCAGUCGCAGUGUAGUCCAGACCGGGAAGGCAGUAGGUCAAUCAGUGGGAGGAGCACUGACCAGCGCCAAGACCGCCAUGUCCUCCUGGUUCUCCACGCUGUCCCAGCCUGUACCGGGAUCCACCCCGGCCUGUCCCGAGCCUGCCACUGAGGUCAAACCAUGACAACCUGUGCCCCCCUGAAAAUCCUCUGACUCUGUUUCAGUCUCAACCUCUUAUUGUGGAGCCUGAGGGUUGGCGAGUUGAGAGCUAGCUUCAUGACAGAAAAAAAAAAUCAGAUGAGAGCCACCUUAAACAUAAAACCAUCAGUUGGUGUUUCUGGAAUUUUUCCAGCAUCAUUUUAAUGGGAUGCACCUCCAGACAGGAAGGCAAGCACUGCCUUUAUAUUACCUGUACAGUCCAUAUCCACUGUGAGGCAGAGACUGCCACUGCUUUUGUUCAAAGCCAGAAAGUUCAGCAGGUUGCAUUAUUAUGAUCGCCUCUUUCCCACUGCUGCCGUUUGUAUUGGUGGAUGCUUUCCUGUGAGACACUAGAGAUGCUGUUUUGGGGUUUGCGGUGUUCACUCUAUGCUGCAUAUUUAUACAGUUUGUCUACAAAGGUGACUAUUUUGCUGAUAAAUAACAUUAAGUUAAAUAUAUAAACAUAUAUAAACUGAGUCACAGGAUCAGAUAGAAAAGCAUGAGCUGUGGCGCCUUGAAAGUUUUAAUGGUUCAAAUUUUAAAUGCAGUCAGGCUCAAGUUUGUCAGUCCUCUGUUGUAACAUUGUGGUUGUUGUGUUAAUAGUGUGAACCCCUCUGGAGUGUAAAUAUGUACUGAGUGAUUAAAGUAGAAACAACUAAUAAUUAUUUGCAAUUUAGAGAUAAAUGUAGUUGAAAUAAAUAGUAUAGUGGGAGUUGUGCCUUGAGGAAAUGUGGCUGACUGAAACAUUAACAGAUGUACAGUGCUUCAUAAAUUUAUUGGACCACCUGUCAUAAAAACAAGAAAACACAAAUAUUUUAGAAAUCUGCCAAACUUUUUAAAAGUAAAAAUGAGAUUGUUAUUAGGUAAAUAAACAAAAUUCACGUUUUUAUACAUGAAUUUAAGCUGGCACAUUGGAUUUCUCCAGAAGUCAGAAAGUAUUAAAUAAAGUAAUCAAGCGAAUCAAGAUUCAACCACUAAAACGUAAUUUUUCUAUUCAGGAAUAUAAGUAAAUAACUGUCAUUUUUCAUCCUAAUAAAAAAAUUAUUUACUAUUUAUUUUUAUACUAUUAAUUAUUUGUCUUUAGCUUUUUUGUAAAACAGCAAAUUUGAAAAUUCAUGGAUAACAAUUAUUUUUAACAUACCCAUUACAGAAUUAUAAAAAAAUAUUAGGGUAAUUACCAGUAUUACUAGUUUAAGGCAGCUGUGGCAUAACCCUUAGAUUUGGUGGUGGUCUAAUAAACUUGUAAAAUACUGUACAUUUUCUAUUUUAUUUUUUUGCAAAUGUUAGCUUGAAAAAUAAACAUUCAGCCAUUUACAUCUACUAAACAAUAACAGCAUUUUUUUUCAGUAGGUUUUUUAGAAAACACAUGGUAAAUGGACUAGUUCUUAUAUAGCGCUUUUCUACUCAGAUAUGAGCACUCAAAGCGCUUACACA